CCAAAACCUAGACGAACCACACAGCGAGGUGGUAGUAGAUAGACAGAGGGAGGAGGUAAGAGGCGGGCGGGACGAGGCCAAAACAGACCAACCAAACCCUAGCUCACCUCGCCGUCCAUGGAGGCGCCGCUAUGACCCUCCGCCGUGGCCACCGUCUGGACGUGGGACCGAUUGGCCCGGGAGGAGGAGGAUGGCGGCCAGAUCGGGCGAUCCGCCGGAGCCAUCGCCGCCGCCGCCGACGGCGGCGGCGGCUGCUGCCGCCGGCGGCGAGAUCUGGGGGACCCUCGAGGAGCUGCUGCUGGCGUGCGCCGUGCGCCGCCACGGCACGGCGAGCUGGGAGUCGGUGGCGACGGCGGUGCAGUCGCGGACCAGGCCCUCCGCCGCCGCGCGGCUCUCGCCCAACAGCUGCCGCCUCCGCUACCGCCUCCUUCACCGCCGGUUCGCCGCCGGCGCCGACGACGACGAACACGCGGAACCAGACGCCGCCGACGCGUGGGUGGAGGAGCUCCGGAAGCUGCGGGUCGCGGAGCUCCGGCGCGAGGUCGAGCGAUACGAUCUCUCGAUCGGGUCGUUGAAAUCAAAGGUGAAACGGCUCAAGGAGGAGCGGGAGCGGGGCCUCGCCGGCGAGGCCGCGCCGGCGUCCAAGAAGGAGGAGGAACGCGAGGCGGCGAACGGGUCGACGGAGGAGGCCGGCGGGGAGAACGGGGUCUCCGGCGAGCCGUCCGGCCGGUCAUGCAAGGAGUCGACCUCGUCAGAUCUGAAGCCGCCGCCGGGGCACGACUCCGGCGGCGCCCCUGCCGACGGCGAGCCGGAGUUGAAAGAGGAGCCCACCGAUGUCGUGGUGGCCGCCGCGAAGAAGGAAUCGUCGGGCGAGUCGGUGGCCGGGUCCAAGGAAGCCGACGCGGAGAAGGAGAGCAGCGACGUGCAGAGCGCGGCCAGCCCUUCGCGGCGGCGGCGGCGUCGUCGGCUGCGGAAGGUCGGCGGCGGCGAGCUGGCUUCCGCGUCGGCGCCCGUGUCCCUCCCGGCGGCAGAGGCCGAGCCGCUCCUCGCCUUCCUCGAGUCGGUCAGGACCAGCAAAUCGGGCGCCGUGUUCGAGCGACGGCUCGAGAGCCAGGAGAGCGGCGAGUACAGGGGAACCAUCAGGCGCCACGUGGACCUGGAGAUGAUCAGAUCCAGGCUGGAAUCUGGUGGGGCCGCCGGUGGGCCAGGCAGCACCACGUGCUACGCGUCGGCCUCCGAGUUCUACCGCGACCUGCUCCUGCUCUGCGCCAACGCGCUCGUCUUCUUCCCGCGCGGCUCUCCGGAGCACGCCGCCGCGACGAGGACCCGCGCUCUCGUCUCGAAACGCAUCUCGGUGGACCUCCACAAGGACGGCCCCGGGACGUCGGGGAAAGACGCUGCCGCAGGUGCCGUCUCGAAGAAGCCCAAGGCUGACGCUGAGGUCGCCGGUUCGCUACUCGAGAAGGCCGCGCCGAUCAUCGUCUGUCGGAAGCGGAGCUCCAUUGCGAAGGCUGCGGCGGCGGCUGCUGGUAAGGAGGAGAAAGUGGAGAAGGGGGACACGGACGACGACGAGGAGGAGGAAGACGAGGGCAGGAAGAAGGGAGGUGCCAAGGACAAAGCCAGGGGGGUGAGGACCAACAAGGGCCGGGGCCCUGCCAAGAGCUCUGCUCCGAAUCAGAAGACAGGGAAGGUUUCCGAGAGCGCCGCCGCUGCUGAAGGGACGAAGAAAUCCGAUAAGAAGGGUGGCAGCAGUGGCAAGCCGGCGGCAGCAGGUGGCGUCAUCAAGAAGCGGAACGCGGUGGACUUCCUGAAGCGGAUGAAGCAGAGCACGGUGCCCUCAACGGAGAGGGUUUCACUUUUGGAGACGCUGAAGCUCUCUGCGGCGACGGAGCAGAAAAAGGCCGGCAAGGGCGAAGCCAGGAAGGACCCUGGCAGCUCCUCUGGCUCCAAGAAGUCUGCUGCUGCCACAGAGUCAGGGUCGGGCGGGAGGAGAAGCGUCGGCCGGCCGCCGAAACGGGCCGCCGCGCCUCCGACGCCACCGCCCUCCAAGAGGGCCAAGGAGGACCGGCCGACCAGGAAGCGUGGUGGGAAGAAGUGAUCGGGUGGGAGGCGUCAGGAAAUGUGUACAUUUUGUAGGGCGGUAGGAACUUCUGGAGCUUUUGAUUCCAGUGUUGUAGGAGGAGGGGGAAACGAUGAUGGAUGGGUUUUGUUUUCUUGGCUGGGGGCCGAACGGAACUGGCUCGCGCGCGUCUCUCGUCUUGUGGUACUUGGGAGAGGGCAGCGACGGCGUUCCCCUGAAAAACUGUUGUCCUGUAUGUUUUUGGACUAGACUUUUGGAGCUUUUUAUACUAGAAAGCAGAAACGAUCAAAGGAUUGAAAUAGCA